AUGUCAGUCGCAAAUGCUCAACGGCAGCACGGGCCGUUGGAAGACGACAUUACUGCCGCAAGUGGCCGACUGCGGACGAAGUCCAUUACUGGCAAGCGAAAGUCACGAUCAGAUGAAGAUGGACGCGGCAAGAAUGACGAUGGAUACAUUGAUGCAAGAUCGUCUCGAAAGAUUCUCGCCAUCGCGCAGGAUUUGGCAGAUGAAGACGCAGCAGAUCAGAGGGACAAAGCCAAGUCGAUACCUGCUUCGUCUGCGGCAUUUGACUUUGAUUCACGAUUUCUAGACGAGGAUGAUGAGACAAUCCGCCAGCAAACAGACGAGGAUGACGACUGGGUACCAGAAGAAGAGGACGAAGUAGUAGCGACCGACGACGUUGCUCCGGAAGAUCUUGCGAUCUACAACAAGUUCCUGCAGGAGGGCGAAGCGUUGGCCGAUUUUACACCUUCGCUGUCCAACCUGAUGGCGGGAGAGAAAUCUAUCAGCCACGAUGCGCAGCCACAAGGGACCGAAGAUGGAGAGCCAACCAAUCUCGCCGAUCUUAUUCUGCAGAAGAUCGCCGAGAAGGAAGCUCGUGAUGCUGCUCGAGGCGAUGGAAUUGAACCACAUCCCUUCGAACCGCCUGAAGGAGCAGUGGAAAUACCGAUGAAAGUUGCUGAUGCGUUUACGAAAGUGGGACAGCUCCUUUCACGUUACAAGUCUGGACCAAUGCCGAAGCCGUUCAAGGUGUUGCCAACUCUCCCCCAGUGGCCAGAGCUUCUCGACAUAACCCGACCGGACAAGUGGUCACCUCAUGCAGUUUUUCGAGCAACCAAAAUAUUCAUCUCAGCACCGCAAGCCACCGGCCAAUACUUCUGCAACACAGUCUUACUCGACCGUGUCCGCGAGGACAUCCAAGAGAAUCGCAAGCUCAACCAUCAUUUAUACCAGGCGCUUAUGGCUGCUUUUUACCGGCCAGCUGCUUUAUUCAAGGGCUUCUUGUUCCCGCUCGUGCAGAAUGGAUGCACACUCCGCGAGGCACAGAUUGUUUCCUCUGUGUUUGCCAAACAUAAGAUUCCCGUGCUACAUUCAGCCGCGGCGCUGCUUCGCUUGUGCGAGAUAUGCGCCGAGCAGACCAGCAAUAUAAACAGCGAGGCGGCCGGCUCAGCGAAUAUCUUCAUUCGCGUACUUCUCGGCAAGAAAUACGCUUUACCGUACAAGGUCGUGGAUGCUCUUGUCUUCCACUUCCUACGCUUCCGUGGUACCAAGGAAGAGGAAGCUCUUGGAGCAAAGGAAUCAAAGUUGCCCGUGCUUUGGCACCAGAGCUUCCUGAUCUUCGCGCAGACCUACCGUAACGAAAUCACCGAAGAUCAGAGGGAGGCUUUGUUGGACCUGUUGCUUGCUCGAGGGCACAAAGACAUAGGCCCAGAAGUGCGCCGAGAAUUACUUGCCGGCAGGAGUCGUGGCGGCGAGGAGCUCCUCGCAGAACAGCGUGACGACGGUGACGACACCAUGAUGACAACCUAG